UACUUUUAAAACUGCUACAUAGAAACAUAUCGCACUUUGUUUCUCGAAAUCAAUCGUUUUCUUUACAAAACGUGCUUAUUUAAAAGCAAAACAAUAAAUCUAAAUCGAACAACGAAUAUAGUAAUAAAAACUAUUGGUUGGGAUGUCCGAUUUUAGUUUGUGACGUCAUGCGCAAAACAGUUCAUUCCUCAUUCCCUCCGUAUAUCUAUCCAGCUGUCCGUGGUUUGGCAGUCCGGUGAACGAAUUUCUCAGGGUGAUCAUUACGUAGGUUUUAUGUUGGUGGCCUUUUCCACGAUCGACAGUGGAAACUCAAGGUGUUAAAAUAUCAAUACACAAUCGAGUGCCAAUCGGAAACCUGUUAGGUAGAACAAAUUUUGAACAACCUAUAACGGUAUUGUGCGAUAGGGUGGCCUUCGGACUGACAAAAGGUAAAGACAUACGCAGCAGAAACAACAGGCGUUCUUGUAUAUGUGACGAGGUUGUCGAAGUAACCGUCGUGUGGGACUGUGGUUUCUUUUAUUGAGAAACAGCAUUAACGUGAGCUGUGGACAGCAUCGUUCUGGAAUUUAUUCGUAUUAACGAUUUGGGAGCGACGAGCCCAUUUGUGAGGGAUGUCUACCCCCGCAAGAAGGAGAUUAAUGAGAGACUUUAAAAGAUUACAAGAAGAUCCACCCACUGGAGUAUCAGGAGCACCUACAGACAAUAAUAUUAUGAUAUGGAAUGCAGUUAUAUUUGGACCUCAUGAUACUCCAUUUGAAGAUGGUACCUUUAAACUUACAAUAGAAUUUACGGAAGAAUAUCCAAAUAAACCACCUACAGUGAGAUUUAUUAGUAAGAUGUUCCACCCUAAUGUAUAUGCUGAUGGAGGCAUCUGUUUGGACAUAUUACAGAAUCGUUGGAGCCCUACUUAUGAUGUGUCUGCUAUUUUAACAUCCAUACAGUCCCUUUUGGAUGAACCAAAUCCAAAUUCUCCAGCAAAUUCAUUAGCCGCACGAUUAUAUCAAGAAAAUAAGCGGGAAUAUGAGAAGAGAGUAGAUGCUAUUGUAGAACAGUCUUGGUUGAACUUCCAAGAAAGUCAUACAGAAGAUAGCCGCUGACAUUAAGUAUGGUUCAUUCAGAAUUUUAAGAAUGUUUAUUUGAGUCUUUCUUUUUUAAUUUUUUAAUUCAUGGCCUGAAAUAUUUUUCCAUGCUAGUAAAUCAAGACAUUAAAUCCUCCACUGUUCUACAGAAUUUUUUUUAUACACUCUAAAAUGCUAUCUAAUUUUAUAUAGAAAUAAAAAAAUUUAUUUAAUAUUGAUUAUAUUUCAAAUAUGUAAAAAAGUGUAGAACAUUGGAGUGAUAUGGAAUUAUACUGUGCAUUAUGUGAUCUUUAUCUAUAAACAUAAAUAAAAUAUAUAUUAUUUUGCUCAUUUAUAAUUAGGGUUUAGGAACCCAGUUAUUACAUAACAAAAUUAUAAAAAUAAAAAUAUACAUAUAAUUAUCUGUUUUAUAUCAUUAAUUUACAUUGCAAUUAACA